CAGAAAUCAUGCUGCCACGCAGCUGGCUGCUCUUUCUGGCGUCUUUGGCCCUGGCCGCCUCCUCCAACCUCCUGCCCGCCAACGAGCGGUGCGUGACAGCGGUGUACACUGCCCUCGGAUAUAUCUCGUUUGCUGGGGAGCCCGCCGACGGCUUCUGGGAGACUCGCUGCCAGAACCCGUUGAAGGUCACCUCCAUCUAUGCCUCAUCGGACAUCUAUUGCCGCCCCGAGGAGCAAACCGCUGGUUUUGCUCAGCUGGCCCAACUGUGCCGGGAAAUAGGCAAUCUCGACUUGAUUCCUCGAGAGCAACUGGCCGAGAAUCUGACUCGCGAUGCUCUCCAGCGCCUGCCGGUGGCGGACUUCCUGGAAAUCCCCACGAGCCAGCGCAUGCCCACGCCGGUCCUCCUCUCACCCUCCUAUUAUAACCGGACCUUCCAGACAAUAGAUACUUGGCAGUUCGAAGUUUGGUCGCACUAUAUUUAUGGCGUGGUCGGGUAUGGGUUUUGGGCCUGCAUACUCGGGGUCGGCAUCGCCCAUCGGUUUGUCCAGUACAUUGUCCACUCUCGCAGCAUGCAGGCAGGGACUAGCUCCCUCGCACGGGUACGCUGGCUAUGGAAGCCUUCCCAUGCGGUCUAUCACUGGCUGCAGACGCACCUAGUAGUGUCAUCUCCAUUACCAGCCCGGGGGCGACGGUUCUUCUGGUGGACGUUCCCCACUCGCAUCGAAGCCAUUGCCACGAUGCUCUUCUGGAUCCUCAGCAUCAUCUUAUGUACCAUCGGCUAUCGCCUUCUGCCCGGCAAUAUUUAUUGGCCGGACAUCUCGUCGCAGAUCCUGCGCUAUUCGGCCGAUCGGACGGGGGUGCUGUCCUUUGCGAACCUGCCCCUGGUGUGGCUGUUCGCCGGGCGCAACAAUAUAUUCAUAUGGGCGACGGGCUGGAGUUUCGCGACCUUCAAUCUCUUCCACCGCCACAUAGCAUGGAUUGCCACCCUCCAGGCUGUCGUCCACACCCUUCUCUACCUCGCGAUCAUAUGUCAAAAAGGCAAUGUCGCGCGGAAGUUUCGAAAGCCGUACCUCCUGUGGGGAACCGCCGCAACGGUGCUGAUGGUUUUGCUCCUGCCAUUUGCCGUGCAAUGGUUUCGCCAUCGGCUCUACGAGACCUUCCUCUUCAUCCACAUCCUCUUCUCUGUGGGACUUCUUGUUGGUUGUUUCUACCACACCGUCAUCUUCGAGGGGCACGAUUACUGGAGCUAUCUGUGGCCUGCGGUGGCCAUUUGGAUUUUGGAUCGACUCCUUCGCAUAGCUCGCUUGGUCUACUGUAACAUCCAUGUCCGCGCCAAUUCGGGCGAUCGCAUCCAGUAUACGAGCAGCUCAGCGACCUACGACGCGGCUGCGGAUGUGAUCCGGCUCGAAGUCACGCCUGGGGCCUCGCUGCUGACCCCGACCCCUGGUGAUUAUUAUUACCUCUACCAGCCCUUCCGAAUCACGGGCUGGGAAAGCCAUCCAUUCACGCUUGGUUCUUGGUUUUAUCAGACCAAGUUUCAAGCAUCAACACGCAAGCCACCCCCAUUGAGGAAUGACCGCACGGUGGAUGUUUCGCAGGUGCCCCUUCUCUCCGACUCCUCGUCAGGGCCGUUGAGCACACCAGAUGAGAUGCAGCUGAAGCACGAUAACGAAAAGGAACUGCGGCUUGUUUUCUGGAUCCGGCCAUAUGAUGGCUGGACGCGUUCUCUCCGCCAGCAAUGUGUCCAAUCUCCCGAUCUAAUGGUGAGCCCGACCAUACUUCUCGAGGGGCCAUAUGGCAGCCAGUUUCCUUUGUGGAACUAUGAAUCCGUCCUCAUGAUAGCCGGUGGGACCGGUAUUGCCGCAGUAGUCCCGUACAUCCAGGAUCACAUCCUACGCGCGACGUCGGAUGCGGAAGAAACCGCCACUCACACUCGAGAAACGCGGUUAGUGUGGGUGACCCGGCAAGCAUCCUUUGUGCAGCAGGUCGCGGCUCGCGAGCUGGCUCCGGCACUGGCCAGGGAUGACUUCCGGGCAUCUUUCUAUUCUACCGCUGUGAAGGCAAGCACCCCUAGAGAUGGCGAUGGGCAAACCACGCCAAAUGAUCCUACCCACACUGGCAGUGAUCUUGAUAUCCUCGAGGGGCGGCCAGACGUUGAAUCACUAGUGCUGGAACACGCACAUGAGGCCCAGCUCAGCGAAUCUUCGGCAGCUGUUUUGGUAUGCGGUCCCUCCGCGCUGGCAGAUGAAACACGGGCCGCCGUACACCUGGCUAUGCGACGAGGAUACCGCGGUAUUCGGUAUGUCGAGGAAUCUUUCAGCUGGAUGUAGACAUGCGGAUGGUGAUGUGAUCUGUAAAUAUCUUGUUGAUGUCCUGCAUUUGGUUAGAGGAUGUAGACAUGCGGAUGGUGAUGUCUUGUUCUGUUGGAUCUUUCUACACCGACUUUUGCUGUGUAUAUGUAAGGAAUGG